CAGCACGGCGGUGGCGGCGGCGGAGGCAGCGCGGCUCGGAGCGGAGCCCACAGCCGGCCCGGCCGGGCCGCGCCGCCGCCACCACGGGAGUUUUCUAUGCUCGGAGGUGGUUCCUGCACAUCCACCUAGGAGCUAGUGGGGCCAAGCCUUUCCUUGGGGAACAUGGAUUGAAAGAGGAGCUUCACCAGACCAUGGCUGCCAGCACACUUCACCUGGACCCCAAUGGACUCUGAGGCAGGAUUGCAUUACCAUGGUGAUGAUCUUAACCAAAACUCGGGAUAACAAAGGUGCUGACUCUGUAACAUGCAGGACUGAGCUGCACACUCCAAAGAUGAGUCAAGGACCUACUCUCUUCUCUUGUGGCGUGAUGGAAAAUGACAGAUGGAGAGAUCUCAGUAGGAAGUGUCCACUGCAGCUCGAGCAGCCAGGCACCAGCAUUUGGGAGUGUUUGUCAGACAAGGGCGAGGAGGCCUCACGCUGGCCAAGGGAGGCGGCCGGCGCCUGCUCCGUCACCAACCUCAUCAAAGACCUCAGCCUCAGCGACCCCCACGGCAACCCCGCGGCGCCCCCCAGCAAGCGCCAGUGCCGCUCGCUCUCCUUUUCGGAUGAAAUGUCGAGCUGCGGGACCUCGUGGAGACCCCUCGGCUCAAAGGUGUGGACUCCGGUGGAGAAACGGCGGUGUUACAGCGGGGGCAGCGUGCAGCGUUACUCCAACGGCUUUGCCACCAUGCAGAGGAGCUCCAGCUUCAGCCUGCCGUCGCGGUCCAACCCGCUCUCCUGUGAGCAGCCUGCCUUCAGCAGCCGGCUGGCAUGCCAGCCGCGGAAAUCGGCCGCUGCUGGGCCCGGAGGAGAGCGGGUGGAUAUGCAGCGGUCGCUCUCCUGCUCGCACGACCGCUUCUCCGGCUCGGAGUACUGCCCGCCCUCGGCCAGCAGCACGCCUGCCUCCACGCCGCAGCUGGGCCGCCGCGCUGCCGGGCUGGCCCGCAGCCGCUCGCAGCCCUGCGUCCUCAACGACAAGAAGGUCGGCGUCAAGCGGCGGAGGCCAGAGGAGGCUCAGGAGCAACGGCCCUCGCUCGACCUCGCCAAGAUGACCCAGAACCGUCAGACUUUCAACAGCCUUACCUGCCUUAGCGCCACGGCCGAGGACAGCUCCCAGCGUCUCCCCGGCCCUCAGCCGUGGACUCAUCGCUCCCCGGAGGUGAUGCCAGGCAGGACCCCUGCCUGCACCCCAGUACCGGAGCCGUCACCUUCGCAGGCCGAGGAACACCGGACCAGCAGGGAUGACUUCUCCUGUGAGGAGGAGGAGGAAGGUGGUGGGAAGGAGGAGGACAGGGCAGUGUGGCGGGGCAGUGGGACGGGCUCCGAGAGCCUCUUCCAGCUGGAUGGUGAGAUAGAUAUUGAGCAGAUAGAAAACAACUGAGGGAGUGGUGAGUCCUCUCACCCCGGGGCCAGGACGCUGCCAGCAGAGCCAUGGAGGGGCCCCUGCUGCCAGCGCUGGGUGCGCGGGGUCCUGCCACUGCUCUCCUCCUGCCAGCUGGAGGGGACAGAGCAGCUUUGCCAAAAUUUCAUCAGGUAUUUAGAGCAAUUUGUGUGCGUGUGUGUAAACCUUGAGAUUCUUUGUAACUACUGUAGCCAGAGGUCAGCUCGUCAGAGGAAGCUCUCUGCCUGACUGGGGAAAGCCACCACUGGGGCCACCAAAACCUCCCGUUUAGCGAGGGCUUGGCGCUGGUGGGGCUGACCAUGCCCCCCCAGGUCCCACCCGCACUUGUUCAGACCAGAGAUGCACAAAGAGAAGCCACCACUGGGACUGGAAACAACUGGGGAAACCCAGAAUGUUGAGCUUUGCCAAGUGAGUGCUGGCUGGUGGCUGCGGGGGGGCAGCUCUGGCUCCUCUUCAUCUGCAUCCCAUGUGGCCUUGGCACCCUCCUUGCUCCCCAUGUCCCGGACAGUACCAUGAGAAGGAAAUCACGAGUGAAAUGUUUUGUUUAAAUUUAGUAAGAGCUGGAUUUUUACUACCUUUUUUUUUUUUUUUAAUACUUGAUUUUUCCUUUUCCUGAUGAGGAAUUAAAGGGAUCCCUGGCCCAUGCAGCUCCAAUCUGGAGCAAACAUCCACAGCAGCACUCAGCAAGUGCUGCCCAAGGAUGCUCAAAUGCCUUUCUCUCCUGUUUUUAUUUUCUUCCCAUUCCCCUUCCUCGAACUCACUGGGAAAAAGCCCCACUGAGGCUCAGUGCCACCUUUGCUGGAUUCCCAACAUCCAGUCUGGAGCAGGGCUGGGCUGCUUACCCACUUAUCAGCAGCUGUGCCCCUUUUUCUACCCAAGGCACGGCUGCCACCCCCAUUUUUUUGGCUCUGUCUUACUGUGAAGGGGCCGCACGCCCGAGGCACACCGUGGGGUUACUUGACAAAGUCAGCUGGUGAAAGGCUGAAAACCCAGGUAGCAGCACUGAAAGCUUUUCCUCUUCCUGUGCCUUUUUAAGCACAGAUAAAGUGGUGAUCGUUAGGUUUGUACGAUACGAGUUCUCCUCAGUAAAAAAUAAGCUGUCCGCUUGCUAACAGGUUUAGAAGGACACAAUAUUUUUUAUUCUCCCUGUCUUGUUUAGUUUCGUUUCUUUAAAGCUCUAGGAAAGCUGUACAAGUGGCUUCCAGCGUCUUCUGCAGGUUCCUUCAAGCUCAGGGAUUACUUCCUGAGCUCUGCAAAAGUGAGAAAGGAAAAAACCAUCGAGACCAACAGCAAUUGAGGACAUCACUUUUUUAAUGGGGUGCAGCAUCCUCAUCAUCAGACCUGUAGGAGUCUGCAACUCAGAACGGGCUGGGAGCUGCUGGUACAGGUCUUAUUCACCAUUUCUGGUUACGUUAGUGCACUUUCUUCCUGCGGUGGUUUGGGAUGUGUAUGACAUCUCCCAUCACAGUGGAACCCAUCAGCUGUUAUAUAGCUUUAUUCUGGCGCCGCAGAGGUUUUGCUCAUGGCAGUGGCCACAUCCGCUCCCUCCAGGGUAGGCACAGGCAGGACCAGCCCCAAAUAUUUGGAGAAGGGAUGACAGAAAUGUCUUUUCAUUUUGGGGAACUCUUCAGCUCUUAAAGUGUCACUUGAUGUAUUGUUGAAAAUUCAUCCUGGCUUCAUUUUUAGCCCUCCUGAGUGCUGCCCAUCUCAGACAUUUUGGGAGGGUCCAGCCACGCCAGCAUUUCCCCAGCCUGUUGCCGCUCCUCUGAUCCAUCACCAUGCGGUGGCACAGCCACAGCAUGGUUCUCAGCUUGGAGUCUUCCUCACGCUCAGUACCCUUCAUCACUGACAUGUCCCUGCUCUCAGGGCGCACAGCUCCCACUGGCCACAGGCACCUCUUCACCUCCUGACUGACCGCAGAAGGGUGGAUUCACCCAAAUCCAUGUCUCAGAGCUCUGGGUGGGCUCUCGCAUGUGCAUUGCCGGGGCUGUAAUUCCUAAGGGCUCCUCGUUUCUUUCCAAGGGCUGCUACCGGUGCCAUGCUAACCCCAUCCUGGUAGGAAGGUGACCAAUGGACCACUCACUACCCAGCUGUCCUCGCCAUAGCCGUAGCAUUCAGUUUACAUACAGCACAACCCGUUUGCCUUACUAAAGAUGCUUCUCCAAUGAGUCAUGGCCUUACACUGGGCACAUUCGCGUAGGCACAGACUACAGUUAGCAACGGUUUUUGAGGCCACGGUGGUGUUCUCUUGGGUCUUUCGUCGUUGGGCUUGUAUGAUUUCAUGUACUUAUUCUCAGUUUAAGAAAGCCUUACUCCUGUCUUUUCUUUCUCUCUCUGUAGAGGUAAAACAUGUGUGGAUUUAUAUAUAUAUAUAUAUAUAAAUAUAUAUAUAAAUAAAGUAAUUAAAAAUAUUGAAUAUAAUAUAGUAUGUGCCUCAGAUUCAGGGGACAUCCUGUUGAUUGUAAAGUCAGAAGUGGCGUUACUCCCCAGCAUCAGGAGAUCCAUAGCCUAUUCCCCCAGUAGCAGAGCUGGGCAUCCUCCCCGCCGGGGGUCCUGCUCUGGGGUUGGAAAGGACUUCACCUAUGACACAGAUGCUUUGGGAACCCCCCGCAACCCUGGCAAGUUCCUGCCAGCUGCCAGAAUGUGAUACUAAAGUAAUAUGCAGACAAGGGAUGUUGUUUCCUUAGUAGGUAGCUCAAGCAGGCUCAUGAUUGUGACGAGACUGGGUGGCUUGUCCCAGCGUGGCCAGCAGCCAUUUCAGGACAGCAGCAAGCUGUGUCCACAGCAGUAAGGGUUCAUCAUCCUGAAAAAAAAGAAGGAUUUUUAAUAGGAAAAGUCUUAGCAUGUGGGCAGGGAGUUUGCUGCGUGAUUGCAGGUGCAGCUUUUUGAGCCUGUUCUAUGAACAAUGACAUUAAAGCAAAACAAAAAGCAGUGACUUGUAAAAUAGAUUGUAAUUUUUUCCCACGUUAUAGCAUAGCCCUAUUCUUUGGCCAAAUAAAGUUGUGUUUCAAGUGCAUUGUUUAAAAAGCUCCUGGCUGAACGGGCUGACGGAUGUACGUAGUAGGAUGUUCUAGGAUUGUAGCAGUGCUUCACAGCAUCCAUGGGUGUGAUGUUCAAGGGAUCAAAAGAAGAGGAUGGCCAAAAAAAAAAAGGAAACCGGAAAAGAAGGUUAAAAAAAAAAAAAAAAAAAAAGGACAAAAACUCAAAGAAGCCUUCUGAAGCUAUGACCUGUAGUAGCCAAGUCUCGCUGGCAGUUGCACAAGCACAGCGAGAUGUGCGUGUCCCCAGGGAAGGGCUGCCCGAGGUGGCCCCACCGGUGCCGGCUGCCCUCUCCCCGGGUGGGCGAGGAGGCUCCCGCUCGUCCUCCCCUCCAUGACUUGAUUGCACUAGAGCAGCUCAGUCUCAGGAAAUUGCUUGUUACUUUUACUGUGUAAAUAAAGCUUCCUGGUUCAAUAACUCCCA